GGUUAAUGUUUCAUGAUUCAUGGAGGAAGAUAAACACCGAGAAGACGAUGUCAUAAUAAUGUUUUCGGACGAAUUCUACGAUGAAUACACACUUUUGGAGGCAUGUCUGGAGUAUGAUUUUGAAGCAGUCCAAAACAUACUCGACGAUAGCCCGACAGAUGAAGAACUAAACGAAAGAGAUAAAAGUGGUAAGACGGCUCUCUGCCACGCAUGUGCAUCCGGAAUGCUACCUAUUGUGCAGCUCCUUUCCGAGGUUCCGGAGGUGGAUGUGAAUUUAAGUGAUAAGGAGGGAAAUUCGCCGCUUAUUUUCGCUGCACAAGCAGGUUAUCGAGAGAUCGUAAGGGUACUGCUCCAUGAAUUCAGGAAAAUAAGAGUGGACCAUAAGAAUAAAGCGGGCUUCACGGCACUGAUGAAGGCAGCACUACAGGGAAGGACAUCCUGUGCUAAGUUGCUUCUUUAUGCAGGGGCUAAUCCAAAACUAAGAGACCACGGGAGGCAGCUUUGUGCAGAGGAAUGGGCUCGGUUUACGGGCAGACAUGAAUGUGCAGACGAAAUAGCGAAGUUUACUAAGACCAAAAGAUUCUUAUUCAACAGGUCCAGUAAAAAAGUGUAUUCUAGGUCAAGCAGUGUCCCAGAUUUAACUGCUACAGACGAUAAAGUAAAAGAAUACACAGGUCCAACUCGACAAAAGUCCAAGUCAUUUCGAAAAAAAAUCAAAAGAAUGAUUCACGGGUCUUCGAAUAAUAACACUAACCCUAGCUAUAGCAAUCAUUUGACACAGGAAAGCAAUCCAUUCGCCAUAGUUGCGAGGUGUGUGUCAACACCAGCACUCUCCAGUGGCCUACCAGGCGGGGAUACCAUUUUGAAAAGACCCAGAAGUAUAGACAAUAUCCCACGAGUGGAAGUGACGUCACCAGCAGCAACAAAAGCUGCGUGGUGAUUGGUUGCAAUUGAGAACCACAGCUUCAGUUUUUAAAAGUAAUUUGUGAAUUUGAAGUCAUUGUGAUUGAAAUAGAAACGCCUCUCUCUCUCCCUCUCUCUCUCUCUCUCUCUCUGUAGGCAUCCGUUCCUCCUAACCAAUCCUGCUACCAAAAGACUAAAUGAUUCACCUUCUCUUAAUAUAAAACUCAAAUUACAUGGGGAUAUGAUGCAUCGCAUUACUCAGUAAAGUUCUGACAUUUUUCAAAAGAAUUUGCAAAGUCAGAAAGGAACUCUAAAGGAGGUACCCAGAAUGUGCGAAAUAAUGGCUACCGACAAACAGCAUGAUUGUUUGGUAGUAAAUUCUACCAUAACUACACGGAUAUUUAAAAAGUUAGUUUCAGAACUGUAGCUCUCUGCUUGAGAAAAUUCGGACAGAUAAAGCAGAGAGCUACAGAUCCAAGCGUUUUAAAAACCUUCGAUUUACGCCGCUUUUUUUUUUUUUUUUAUUUUUUUUUUUUUUUGCUUGUCAAGUUUUUCAAUAGAUGCUCCCCCCUUUCAAAAGCGAUCCUACCAUUCCUACGUCACUGACUCAAGCACCAAUGGGAGUAAUUUAAAAAGAAAAAAUUUCAAAUCAUUGUGUAAGUGUUCUAAACUUGUGAUAUUCUAGUUACUUCCACGAGGAAGUUGUAAUAGUCGUACUACGAGGAACGACUGCCAUCUUUUAAAAUGAAAAAAAAAAAUAAAUAAAGUGACGAAUGUAAAAAUCUAUUUUUUAUCCAUUUUUCCCAAUCAAAUACCAUCACGUAAUUUUUUGUCCGUUGUUGUGCAUUAAACUUGAAUUGCCUAAUUAAUUUUAACCAAUCUUGGUAACAUCUAUGGGAAUAGGCGAGGAGUACAUAUUAAAAAUUUCAUGGUCCCUGUACCUCCAUGGCCUGUGGACAAGGCAAAAAUCACCAAAAUUAAUGCAGUCUAAAAUCCCAUCAUUAGGCCUAGACAUCAAGCAGUCAAACUGUUUAGACAUUGUUAUAAAAAGCACUGAGCCCUUGUGCAUUGUUAGCAAUUUCAGGGUGCCUUUUCCAAAAUUUUAAAACUCACCGUGGUCAGGGAAUGUUAGGAAGCUCUUUUGAUUAGAUAGUGAAAAUGUAUUGAAUUUAACUCUUCAAAAAUCUCAAAUUCUUAAAUAAGAUGGAAAACAAUAUAGAUCUACAAGUAUAAUCAAUCAAUACAAAAAGUUAUGGAUCUACAGGAUUGUAUUAUACACAGGUGACUGUUAAGGUCCUUUAGCCUCUUGUAGUGGUACAGGAGUGGGAAUGGUCACUUUGCUCUCUUUGUCCAUUCUUAAAACAAUAUUUUUACUUAAUAAAUGAUUACUUAGGAAAUCCAUUUCAUAUAUGUGUCAGUUGAUGUUACAUUUCUGCUUCACCUUUUGUAUUGUUUUUUUUCUUCGUGUUUUUAUUACAUUUUAUUCAUUGUAUGAAUAUUUAUUGUAACGAAGAUACUUCACAAACAUGUAUGUUAGAUAUGGAUUUGCUACUUUUUGACCACAGGAGCCUGAUAUAUUGGUCAGUCUGGUCAGUUAAAUUUUUAAUACAGUUACUUGAAAUAAAACCAUGUAAAUUGGC